AUGCCGCAGAGGCUCUGUGCCGCCCGAGGUGGAAAAGCAGGGGGGCCUCAGACCAAGAACCGGACCUUGCAAAGCGAACCGAGCCGCCCUCGGGUCUCCGCAGAGCCCCGCAGAGCUUCCCUUGGGGCCCGGGCCAGGCGUGAACGCUCCGCUCGCCUUCGAGGCGCAGGCCUGGGUCAGCCCCGGUCCGCCCCGUCGCUCGUUCCUCGCGUAGGACGAGCUGUGGUUCAUACCCGAUUCUCGCACCGUUUACACCCUAUUGCUGACCCUGAGACCUGUGACCAAAUGUACGAGAGCUUAGUCAGGAUCCACACCAACUACUACAAAAACAAGUAUCCACGCCUGAAAGACACAAGCUUCACUGGAGUGACAGUAGAAGAUUGCAAGAUGAUACUAGCAACAGACAUUCUGAAACAGAUGGAAGACAUGAAAAAAGGGACGUGGAAAAAACUGCGAGAAAAGUUUUAUGCCAAGAAACCUGAAGAGGACUCGAAGUGAUAGGCUAACGCCCAGUUCUCCACUGUAUAUAUUCCUAAAGCACUGUAUGUUGCCAUGAUGAAUAAAACCAUUUAUUCCUCUUA